AUGUUGCGUCGUCUCCGUCCACCGGUGUUCGAAGUUUACGCGGAUCGUGACGUCACAGAGGCGCUCGGUGUGUCGUUAGAUUAUAAACCCUUGGGUAGUGGCAGUUCCUCAAAGGUCUAUCGAGCUACGGAUGUGAACAACCCUGACAACAAAAAAGCUAUGAAGCUUCUUGCUUUCCUUCUCGAUGAAAGGGAUUCUGAGGAACUAGGAAAUUUGCUUGAGUUUGAGGCAGAAGUCCAAAUUCUUCAAAACGUUCGUCAUCCCAAUAUUAUAAAAAUGGAGAGAGCUGUUAAAUGUCCCGAUGAAGUCGCCAUUUUGAUGGAGUUGCACCGCUCCGAUCUGUCCCAUGCUGUCUGUGAUAUCUCGACCGAUGAGGCUAGCCGCUACUUCACCCAGUUAACAGACGCUGUGUCUUUUCUCCACCAACACCGCAUCGUACACGGCGACUUGAAGCUGAGAAAUGUGUUCAUCAGCCACUGUGGAAACGCUGUACUGGGGGACUUCGGACAGGUUCAGGUUCUUCCCAAAAACUCGAACAGAUCCAGGCGUUGGGGAGGCACUCUGCACUACUGGGCACCGGAAUACGACGACGGCGAGCCAGUUGAUGACGUUUUUAAACUUGAGAGCUACUCUCUUGGACUCUGUCUCUGGGCCUUGCUGUUCCGUAAAGAACCUAAGACGGGAACGGACUUUCUACAGAAGCUCAAAGACAAGGUGUUGAUUCCAGACUUGCACAGACAAUGCGUUGAACUGAAGGGGGAAAACCCAGUGUUUGUGUUGUGGCAAACCAUCUUUAAUCUCAAGAACUGA